AUGCCCUCAGACCUCUCGGCCUACCUGGCUGCCAACUACCUCACAGCCGACCCCAAGCCCUCCAAGAAGCGCAAGCGCAAGCACGAUACCUCCUCCGCCUCUGGCCUCCUGAUAAACGACGAAGACGACAGCUGGGCGCGUCCAACCGGCCCCAAGGCUGGCGGCGACAAUGACGAGGGCUUCGACAUCCCCGUAACGGCGGGCACGUCCGCCGAGUUCCGCAAGGCCAAAAAGUCGAACUGGAAGACCCUGGGCGGCGGCUCGGCGGCAGCGACGAAAGACGACGAUGAAGCAGCAGCGGCCGACGCCAUCCUGGCGUCCGCCCAGGCCGAGGACGCCGCGCGCCGGGACGCCGAGGACGAGGCGCCCGUCGUGGACGACGCGGGAGGAGGCGCGGCGGUGGCCAAGAUGAGCGACGGCACGCACGCGGGCCUGCAGAGCGCGGCCGCCGUGUCGGCCCAGCUGAGGCGCCGCCAGCGCGAGGAGCGCGAGGCCUACGAGCGCGAGCGGCGGGAGCGCAAGGCGGCGGGGCUCCCCGACACAGAGGAGGAGGCCGUGUACCGCGACGCCACGGGCCGGCGGAUCGACGUGUCGAUGCGGCGCGAGGCGGCGCGCAGGGCGGCGCAGGAGGCCGAGGAGAAGGAGCGCGCCGCCAAGGAGGCCCUCCGGGGCGAGGUGCAGGUCGAGGAGGCGCGGCGGCGCCGCGAGCGCCUCGAGGACGCGGCGCUCAUGCCGCUGGCGCGCCGCGCCGACGACGAAGAGAUCAACCGCGAGAUGAAGGCGGCGGCGAGGUGGAACGACCCCAUGGCGCAGUUCCUGAGCGAGAAGAAGGACUCUGGCGGCGGUGGAGGGGCCGUGUCGGCCGGAGGGCGGCAGGGCGGUAAGAAGCUCAAGGGCAGGCCGGUGUAUAAGGGGCCCGCGCAGCCUAAUAGAUACGGGAUCAGGCCGGGAUACCGGUGGGACGGUGUUGAUCGCGGGAACGGGUUCGAAGCCGAGAGGUUCAAGGCAUUAAACAGGCGGGAGAGGAAUAAGGGACUGGACUACGCCUGGCAGAUGGAUGAGUAA